UGGAUUAAAAGCACUUAAGAUACUUACGCUCUUAGUAUCCGUCAUUCUUGCCCUGUGCAAUGUUCUUGGCAUCAGUGUGGCCGUUACAACUAUUUGUGAAACUGAAAGAGCUGUCAAAAUGGCUCUAUUUGCAUCAAUUGUGUUGGAUACUCUCGUCAAUUGUGGAAUUAUCUACGGCAUUUAUGGAACUGUUCGUAAUAAUACCUCAAAGAUAAAAAGGUUCAUAUUUGUAUUGCUUAUCUUCUUUAUCGGCAAAAUAACGAUUGCAAAAUUGAUUGCUGAGUUCGAUGACAAAGAUAUUGAAAUCAUUAUUUCCAUAUGGUAUCAGUUUGAUGUGGUGCUCACUGGCAUUUGUCUGGUUUGCGCUACUCCAUUGUGUUUGAAGAUAUUGGAAAAAGAGAAUCGAUCCUUAAUCCAAGUGUAAACUAAUAUUUAUUGUUAAACUGAUUCUAAAUUACAAAAUGCAAA